UUUCACUUUUUGUUUAUCGAAUAAAUUGGUAAUGUCAUCAUCUCAAGAAAUAUCCAUUGUAACUGUUGUUGGAAAAAGUGAACAUAACUGUGGUUAUUGUCACCAAAAAAAAACUUCUCACACAUUUGGUAUUUGGGCUCACUCUCUUACUUGUGAAGAUUAUCAAGCACUCAUCGAUAGAGGAUGGAGAAGAUCUGGAAAAUACCUCUACAAACCUGAUUUACGUCAAAGUUGUUGUCCUCAGUAUACUAUAAGGUUGGACGCGACAAAAUUCAAAGCAACAAAGUCUCAACGAAAGAUACUACACAAGUUCAACCGUUUUAUUCAUGGCGAAUGGAAUCCACAUCAAUCAAGCACUACACACUCUUCAGAAUCAAAAAAACCACCAAAGAAAUCGACUGGUAAAGGAGAUCUGUCCUUGAUAGAAAUGAUUCAUGCUGGUGAACAAGAUAAAAAGUCAAGUGAUUCAAAUGAUCAUUCCUUCAAGAUUGUUUUAGAACCUUCAUCAUUUACUGAAGAAAAAUAUGCUUUAUACUAUAAAUAUCAGCAACAAGUUCAUCAUGAUAAACCAUCAGAUAUUUCAAAGGAAGGGUUUAGGCGCUUCUUAGUGGAUACUCCUAUGGAAUUGGAACGAGUGAAUGAUCAAGUGACCUGGGGAAGCUAUCAUCAGAAAUACAUUUUGGAUGGAACCCUGAUUGCUGUCGCAGUGCUGGAUAUAUUACCGCAUUGUGUAUCAUCAGUCUAUUAUAUGUAUGAUACGGAUUACUCCUUCCUUGGUUUGGGCAAUUAUAGUGCCUUACGCGAAAUCAGUUUAACGCAAGAGUAUCAUUUAUCCAUUCCGGAUUUGAAAUAUUAUUAUAUGGGUUUUUAUAUACAUUCAUGCGAAAAAAUGAAAUACAAGGCCAAGUAUCAUCCCUCGGAUUUGUUGGACCCAGAAACAUAUGAUUGGUACUCUUUUAACGACAUUUGCAAACCUUUAUUAGAUCAACACAGAUAUACCUCUUUCUCACGCUCGAAUCAGGAUAUUCCAACAGCAACAGUAACAGCAGAACAACGACAUCAUGAUGACGAUGAUAGUAGCAACAAAAGACGUGCGACAACAUCAUUGAUCCCUCCUGGAUGGCUGGAUCCGGCAUCAUUAGAUGAUGACGAUUUGAACCAAGUGCUUGUAUUAUCUGGAAGAAACAGAGUUGUGCCUGUGACAAUGUUACUGAAAUAUCAUGAAGAACCAAGUUUCCGAAAUGAAAUCAAGGAUUAUGUGGCAUCUACUGGGUUGGAAUUAGCUCACCGUAUGAUUCUUUGUUGAACAAUUUUAUAAUUUAGAUUUAUCCUUUAUGUAUAUAUUUAGUUUAGUAUUUCUUUUGAUCACAAAAUAAAAAACUUUAUAUAUUCUUGACAACAUAUUUUUUUUUCACCCAAUCUGUUCAGGAUACCCAUAUAAAUAAAGUAUCUUUAUUCCCUUGA